AACGACGAUAACAAUCAAAAAUAAAAGUUUGCUCAAACUAACCCCACUAAAUGAUCAAUAUGGCCAUUGAUGAUGAUUCGAAACAAAAUCGUUCGAUUUUUUCAUCAAAUGAAAAGAUUCAUAAAGAAACAACAUUUAUUGAUAAUCAACGUCAUAAUAAUGGACAAAAAUCGAUGACCCGAUCAAUACGAUAUGCUAAUGAUAAUACUGGUGGUGAUAAUCCAAAUCAAAGCAAUAAUCGUUGGAGAAAAUAUCAAUUAUCAUUACGAACAUCUUAUCAAUUUAUCAAACGUAAUAAUGACAUUGAUGAAGAUGAUGAUGACGAUGAUGAUGAAAAAAUCCAACGAAAUCAUCAUGCCGUUCAAAUGGAUAAUCUUAAUUGUUUUCAAUAUAUAUUUUUUACAUGGAUGACACCAUUAAUACGAAAAAUAUUUCUACAAAAAAUUCUACCAUCGAAUCUAAAUCAAUGUUCACCAUUUGAUUCAUGUAAUUUAAAUUCAAUACGUUUAAUAAGAUUUUGGCAACAACAAUCAGAACGAAAUGGAUCAUUCGAAAAUGUAUCAUUAUUAUCAACAUUAUUUAGAUUUUUUCGUACAAGAUUUAUUAUGACAUGUUUAGUUUAUAUUCUUUGUUUGGCAACUGGUUAUCUAAGUUCGACAUUUUUCGUUAAAAAAUUACUUGAAGAACUUGAAGCUAUUAUAAUGAUUGAAACUAUUGAUGUUAAAAUAGUUGACCAUAAUACAAACAAAUCGAUUAUUGUUAAUUAUGGUGUACAUAAUAUUUCCGGUUCGUUUAAAUGGAUCGUUGCACUUUAUUUAUGUGAAUUUUGUCGUGCUAUAUCAUUUUCAAUAAUGUUUGCCAUCAGUAUUCGUACCGGUAUACGUUGUGUAAAUGCAAUGAAUGGAAUUAUUUAUCAUAAAAUAAUGACAAAAAAUCAAUACGGACAUUAUACAAAGAUGACAACAACAACAACAACAACACCAGCAACAAUGACCAAUAUACAGCCAAAUAAUCUUUUUGCCAAUGAUAUUUGGAAAGUAUAUCAAAUGAUUUAUAUGUCACCAUUAAUGAUUGGUAGUCCGAUUAUUAUUAUUGUUACCAUUAUCUAUACAUAUCUUUUGAUUGAUACAUCAGCAUUUUAUGGUAUCAGUUUGUUUAUUAUUAUUUUCCUAUUACAAUUUAUCAUUAUAAAAAGGCAAACAAUAUUACGUAAUCGUUUAAUGAAACAAACUGAUUAUCGAUUAUUAUUAAUCAAUCAAUUAGUUAAAUUUAGUCGUACAAUCAAAUUCCAUGGAUGGGAACAACCAUUUCAAAAUGAAAUUCAACAUUGUCGAUCGGCUGAAUGUUCGAUUAUCAGACGAUAUCAAUUUCUACAAUGUUUGAGUACAUCUUUAGCACUUUUAGCUCCAAUGUUAAUUACAAUUAUUAAUAUUUUGGUUCAUACUUGGCUGGGAAAUGAUUUGACUGUUUCAACUGCAUUUUCAUUAAUAAUGUUAAAUUACAUAGCAGCACAUGGUAUACGAUCAUUACCAAAUUAUUUUCGUGAAAUAGUAAAUGGUCGUGUUGCAUUGAAACGUGCAGAAAAAUUUCUUAAACAAGAUGAUCAUAAAUCGAAUAUAAUCAAUAAUGAAAUGAUUGAUAAUCAAAAUGCAAUCGAAAUGAUUAAAUGUUCAUUCAUUUGGACAGGUCAAAAUGGUGAACAUUCAUCAUCAUUAACGGACAUAACAUUGUCAAUAGCAAAAAAGAAUCAUGUUUGUCUUUAUGGACCAGUAGGAUCGGGAAAAACUGCUCUUUUAUUAUCGAUAAUGGGACAAACACAAUGUUCCAAAGGUGAAAUACGAUUGUUUAGUCAAAAAAUUGCCUAUGUUUCACAAAAACCAUGGCUACAAAAUUCAACAAUCAAAGAAAAUAUUCUUUUCGAAUUACCAAUGAAUCAAAAACGUUAUUAUGAAACAUUAAUGAAAUGUUCAUUAAUCGAAGAUAUUAGUUUGUUUGCCGAUGGUGAUGAUACGGUUAUCGGUGAAAAUGGUGUUAAACUUUCUGGUGGUCAAAAACAGCGAAUAGCAUUAGCACGUGCCGUUUAUUCCGAUAGUGAUAUCUAUUUGAUUGAUGAUUGUUUUUCAUCAUUAGAUUCUCGUGUUGUUAAAGCAAUUUUCAACAAUAUUAUCAACGGUAUUCUUCGUCAUAAAACAAUAAUUUUUAUAACAAAAAAUCUUUAUCUUUUGAAUGAUGAUGAUUUUGUUGUCAUUAUGAAUAAUGGAAAAAUUGAACAAUUUGAAAAACAUUCAAAAUUAUUGCAAACAUCAAAUGAAUAUUGUUUAUGUUUGGAAAAUUCAAAAAUUUCUAAUAAUAAUGAUCAACAUUCAAAAUUAUCGGAAAUUAUUGAUCAACAAGAUGAUGAUGAGAAUUGUUGUUCGGAUGAUUCGGAUCUAGAUUCUGAUUCAUUGGAUAAAAUAUUAUAUCAACAACAACAACAACAACAACAAUCAAACAAUGAUAAUCAAAAUGGUAUAAGAAAACUUUCAACAAAAAAUUCAUAUGAUUCAUUAAAAUCAUUAAUGGCACAAUAUGAUAAUGAUGAUGAUAUUGAAUCAAAUGGAAAAUAUAAUGCGAAAACAAAAUCCAAAACAACAAAAAAUUUGAAUAAAUUUCAUAAGAAAACAAUUUCAUGGUCUGUUUAUAAAACAUAUAUUCAAUCAAGUGGUGGUUAUUUUUGUUUUGCAUUAAUGAUUAUAAUAUUCAUUAUGCAAACAGCAACAUCAACAUUUUCAAGCUGGUGGCUUAGUUAUUGGCUAAAUCAAGGAUCAGGAUCUGGAUCAUUAUUACUGCAGAAUGGAACAACAACAAUAGACGAAACAUCGAUAAUUAUUAAUCCAAAUCUACGACUAUAUCAAUCAAUCUAUCUAAUAUCAUUUAUAAUUGUUAUAUUUACAUCAUUAAUAAUGGCCAUUAUGUUUGUUCGUAUAAUAACUAUAGCUGCAAAUACAUUACAUAAUCGUAUAUUGGCUAAAAUUAUUUAUUCACCGAUAAUAUUUUUUGAUACAAUCAAAGCUGGAAAAAUAAUCAAUCUAUUCAGUCAUAAUAUGGAUGAAUUAGAUAAUCAAUUACCUGUUGCAUUGGAUGGUUUUCUACAACGUUUAUUGAUUGUUAUUGGAAAUUUUAUCAUUAUAAUUUCAAUGCUUUAUUGGUUUACAAUACCGUUCAUAUUUUUUAUUAUAUUAUUUUAUCUAAUAUUUCGUUAUUAUCGUAAAGCAAUGUAUUGGUUGAAACAGGCUGAUAUGUGUUUACGUUCACCGAUUUAUAGUUUUGUUAAUAAUACUAUUGAUGGUCUGGCGACAAUCAAAGCAUUUGGUAUGGAAAGAAAAUUUGAAGAAAAUUUUCAUACAAUUUGUGAUCAACAAAUCGUUGCAUUUUAUUAUUAUCAAUGUGCAAUAAGAUGGCUAUCGAUUCGUAUUGAUUGUUUAUGUAUUUUGGCCAGUUUAUGUAUAACAAUUUUAGUUAUUUUUAAUCUAAAUUAUAUUGGUUCUGCUUAUGCUGGAUUACUUAUCACGCAAAGUCUUCAGUUAAGCGGCUUAUUACAAUUUGUCAUACGAUUAGCAUUAGAAUUGGAAACACGUUUAGUUUCGGUUGAACGUAUCAAUACAUAUACUGAUCUGAUAAAAGUAGAAAAAUCUAUACAUCAUAAAUUAGAAUCGAAUGAUGAUCAAAAUUUAAAACAAUUAUUAAUGGCUAAUGGUGGUGAAUGGCCAUCAAAAAAACGUAUAUCAUUUCGACAGGUUUCAUUAAGAUAUCGUCAACAUUCACCAUUAGUAUUGGAUUCGGUUAGUUUUGAUAUAAAUGGUGGUGAAAAAUUUGCUAUUAUUGGCCGUACAGGUGCCGGUAAAAGUUCAAUAACAUAUGCAUUAUUUCGUUUGAUUGAAAUAUGUUCCGGUUCAAUUUAUAUUGAUAAUAUUGAUAUACAAACAAUAUCAUUAAAACAUUUACGUUCAAAAUUAUCAAUAAUACCACAAGAUCCUGUAAUAUUUCAACGAACAGUACGGAAAAAUUUAGAUCCAUUAUUACGAAUUAAAGAUGAACAAUUAUGGCAAGUUUUAGAACAAGUAAUGUUAAAAGAUAAAAUAUUAUCAUUCGAAAAUGGUUUAAAUGAAAUGAUUAAUGAAGAUAAAUUUUCAACCGGUGAAAAACAAUUACUUUGUUUGGCACGUGCAUUAUUACAUCGUAAUAAAAUUAUUAUAUUGGAUGAAGCAACAUCAUCGAUGGAUGAUCGUACUGAAAAUAAUAUUUGGAAUAUUAUACAGAAAAAUUUUAAUGAUUGUACAAUUAUAUUGAUUGCACAUCGAUUAAAAACCGUAUUGAAAUGUGAUCAAUUAAUUGUUUUACAAAAUGGAAAGGUGAUUGAACAAGGAAAUCCAAUCGAAUUGCAACAAAAUUCAAAUUCAUAUUUUUUCAAAAUGAUUUCAAAAGCUUAAUCAAUUUUUUUGUUGUUUUGUUCUGUUUUGUUUCGUUUUUUGUUUGUUGAAAAUA